GGUGAAAGCUGUGACUGGUGGGAUGAUCAUGAACCUGAGGAUGCGCAUGAACUUGCUAUGGUGCAUGGUGCUGUGAAUGACUGCCGAACAAAGAUCGUCCUGGAUACUGGUGCAUCCGUAAGCAUGCUGAGCUUCGACUUUGCGGGAAGGUUAAAGCUCAAGCUCCGACCACACAAACAGAUGAAGGUUUCAGGGUUGGGAGGUGCUCCGACCUACAUUUCAGCGCAUGCUGAGGUCAUGAUCACGUUCGGACCUAGAGUUGUCUACGUUUUCCGGCUUUGGGUCGCCAACAUUGGUGACGGCGUGGAUGUUUUACUUGGUAUGAACUUCAUGUUCAGCGCCGGUGUGCGAUUGUCGACUCGAGAAGGCUUGAUUCAGCUUCCGGACGAAGAGACGAUUCAGAUGUGCGGUGAGCCUGACCGCAGUCGAAUGGGUUUGGACCUUCCGGUGCGGCCAGCGGAGAUGUUGUUCCUGAAACCAGGACGAAGUGCUAUUGUGCGUAUUGACUAUGGCGAAUCUUUCCCUCAGCGCGAGGUUGUGUGGGCUGGACGCGGAGACCGAUGGGUGACAAAGAUCAUUUAUGCGGCCAAGUCUUGGCCGACUGCGAUCAAGGUUGUGGACAUCUCCGACAAGCCGGUUUGGAUAGACACGCAGACCCCGGUGUCUAGAAUUGUGGAGUAUGAAUGUUUUCCUCGUGCUGGUCGCUUUGUGCGUUCAGGCAAAAGACAGUAUCAAGAGUGGCAACAACUCAUUCUCGAGACCACUCUGUCUGAUCAAGCCCAGAUGCGCGCUAAACGACUGGCU